GGGCCUACAUAAAGUUUCAUCAAGGCCCAUUGCAUCACCACCUCCUUCUCUCUCUUCAACAUUUUGCUUCUCGUUCCAACAUUCAAACUUUUUCAGAAAAGGGGAAAAAUUUGGAAAAAUAAAACCCUAAAUUCGAAAUCAACCUCCAUUUUAAUCUCUCCCAAAUCACUGAAACUUCCAAUCUCUUUCUUCUUAGUUUUCGUCGCCGUUCGAAAGUUUCAAUGUUGAAUUCAUCUAUAAAUCUUCUGUUUCGUCAGCUUUCGAAUCAAAAUUAUUCUCAGUACUAAUUUUUUUGAUUUUUUUUUUGGGAGAUUCAUAAUUUAUUGAAAGUUUUGAGAAUUUCUAAUGUCGGAAAGUUUGAGGCCUGGUUUUACCGUUACUCUUGGUCGUGGUGGUCGGGUGGUGAAGAAGGCAGAUGGUUUGUCGGAGGAAGGGUUUCGCAAUGACCGAGCAAUGACAGGAAGCAAACGAUCUAUCAGAGAUAGACUGGGUGGUAAUUCUGAUGAUAGAUAUCAUCCGUACAACAAGCGGCAACGUGGGGAGGGCUUUGGCACAAGUAGCUUAAAUGAUACACAUCUUCGUCAGGAUGAUCUUCGAUUUAAAUUGAUGCAAAAAAACACAAUUCAAUCUCAGAACAGUGGUGUACGUGGUAAUGUUGAUCUCCGAGAUAAACUGUUGAGUAGGACCUCUCGACCUUCAGUGGGUAGUAAGUCCAUGCGUCCUCCUGAGUCUAAUGUUAGUACUCGACAUCCUCUAGAUGAAAAGAGGAAUACUGGAAUACCUAGGCACCCUAUGCUUGAACAGAGGGAUGCUAGCAUAUUAGGGUGGUAUCCUUCCUCAAGAAACACAAGUGAGUUGUCUGCAGCGGACCCAGGCCGAACCUAUUCUUCCUGGACUUUGGACAAUUUGAGACGAAGGUCCCCGGAGAGGCUAUAUCAUUCUUCUGCUCAUAGAGGGAUAUCUCCUGAAAGAAGUAGGGAAGAUUUGCAGAGAAGGGCGGUAAGGGCAUAUGAUGAUGGGAGAUCAAGUUCAUAUGUGAGAGUUAGUCCACAAAGACCUGUCAGUUCUUCACCCUUUCUGUCAAAACCUUCUAUUUCUGCUGCUCCUGUUAAGUCUUCUGUACCUCUUCCUCCACAUUAUUCUCAAGCGAGUGGAAUUAUGCACAAGAUCCCAUCCACGGUUGAUGAACUCCCCACUGUUGAUAGCUUCUUGCAUUCUCUUGGGUUGGAUAAGUACAUCAUUAAUUUCAAGGCUGAGGAGAUAGACAUGAAUGCAUUGAAGCAGUUGGGUGACAAUGACUUGAAAGAAUUGGGUGUACCUAUGGGGCCUAGAAAGAAGAUACUUCAAUCUCUUGUGUCUCGUUCUAGACGGCAUCCAUAAGCUGGCAUCUGCAAACUUUCUAGAAUAUCCAGUUGCGAAAUUUGUGUUGGGCAUGUAUGCAGCUGUUCAUCAACACAAUGGAUACUCUUAGACUUUGUUCACCCUUGGGUUGAUAAGAGACCCUUAUACUGUUGUCAAGAUUACCCACUUCCACCAUUUAUAAAUCAUGCUUGUAAUGUGGGCAAGAUGAGUAGUUGAUGUAUGUAUGAUAAUUGAAAUUUUUUGCCAUGAUUUUGCAAUUGAGAUUGAAAAUUAAAGAAGGCAGGGAUUGUUUUAGUUCUAAGCUUAGCUCUCAGCAUGUUCAGUGUAAUUUUUUUGUUGAGCAAUAUCUGUGAAUGUGACUUUUUGGAACUAACUGUCUAAAAUUUUCAAUUCUGUGAAGGUGCAGAAAUUCUGUAUGCAUUUGGCUUUUGAUUUAGGUGGAUUAUUCUGGAAAUGUGGCAGAUGCAUGAAGAGUGUUGCAGUCACUGCUCCUGAUAACUUUUGCCAUGACUAUUGUAUGUAUUGACAUGAAUAAGGCAAUGCCUAUAAUAAAGAUAUUAGAAAUUGUUAUCUUUA